CACAUACAGUCCUCUGUCUGAGAGAAGACAACGGAUGGAGGUUCUCUACAUUCAUCAAGACAUUUUGAUCACGAUGACAUCUCUGAAGUUUGUUUCAUGUCUGACUGUUCUGUUCUUGUGGAGAAUAGCCUUUGUAACUAAUCUCAAGAUGUCCUCAUCGGUGCGUCAAGACAGUGGUUUUAUACCAGUUAAAGUUGGAGACAAUGCGACUUUGCGAUGUUUCUAUGAAGGUAAAGCUGCGAAAAUGCUUUACUGGUAUAAACAAACUCUGGGACAGAGACCAAGGCGCAUCUCUUCCUUCUAUAAACAUGACAAAAGUGGCACUUUUACUGACGAAUUCAAAAACAAUCAACGGUUUUCAUUGGAGACUAAUAAUGGUAAGAACCACUUGACGAUCUCUGGUUUACACAUUUCAGACUCAGCGACUUACUACUGCAUAGGUUGCUCUGCAUUCAAGUUUGAAUUUGUGGAGAGCAUUACUGUCAGUGUACAGGGUUCAGGUUUGAACAUCCAGGCUUCGGUCCAACAGUUCGGAUCUGAGAUCCUCCAGCCAGGAGGCUCUGUGACUCUCAACUGUACAGUACACACUGGGACCUGUGAUGGAGAACACAGUGUUUACUGGUUCAAAGACUCUGAAGAAUCUCAUCCAGGACUCAUUUACUCUCAUGGAGACAGGAACGAUCAGUGUGAGAGGAAACCUGAGACACAAACACAAACCUGUGUCUACAACUUGCCGAUGCAGAGCCUGAAUCUUUCUCAUGCUGGGACCUACUACUGUGCUGUUGCCUCAUGUGGACACAUACUGUUUGGAAACAGGACCAAGCUGGACUUUGAGAAUGCCUCGCUCUCUGCAGACGAGAUGAACUCUCUCUACUCUCUUGUGUAUUUCCUGAGUGGAGCUUUGGCAUUCACCACCAUCCUGAGUGUUUCACUGGCUUUCUCACUGUACAAGAUAAUCAAGAGAGACUUCCGCCACUGCACAGAGUCUCCAGCAAGACUUUCAGCUCCGUCCGCAGCUAAUGCAGAGGGUUAUGAAGAUUCAGACAACCUCCAUUAUGCUGCUUUAAGGGAACCAAGAGUCAACCGAACAUCAAGGCAGAGGGAUGACACCUUGACUCAAUGUGUGUACUCUGGUGUGAGGCAGUAGGACUGUUCGAUCUGUACUUUGUUUCUAUGGAAGUGGUAAUUUUCUUAACAUGUGUUUUGAGACUUAAUGUAGAUUUUCUUUAAAUAGGAGAGGUUAAACAGGAAUCAUGAUGAAUAGUGAUGAUAAAUGUAAAAGUCUUGGGUUGCAGUACUUGAACAAGCUUGAGCUGUGUUUUGAUAUGUUUUGGCAAAGGUGACAUAUUUCCGCUGUCACUUUACCCACUGCAUCAGUCUCUCAGUGCUGCACUAAACGCACCAUUACUGUAACAUAUGAUAAAUAAAGACAUGCCACAUGUUACUUUUGAGAUUUGAUGGCUAAAGAACUACAACAUCCAGUCCUCUGUACUUGGGAACAUCUGUUAUAUUUAUGUUUGUCAUAGAUCUUGUUUCAGACUCAGUGCUGGAACAAUCUUUUUAUAGCUUCCCUUGUGGUCUGCAGUCAAUAGAUGAGAUCGCUGCAUGCUGUGCUGAGGGUCGCUCGUGCAUGUUCAUACACCUCUGCUUUUGUUUUCGUAUCAGUGUGGUUUCAAGUGUUGCUACACAGUGUUUUUUUUUUUUUU